CCCAGUUAAUAUAUUUAAUCUCAGCCGUCGGAUCUUUCAUCUGCCCUCGAUUCACAGAUCUUCGUCUCCUCUCUCUCUCGUUCUCGUAAAUCUCUCCCCCUCUCUCUCACCGCGCCGGCGAGCCUUUCCAUCGGAGAUUCUAAAAGAUGCGUAUGAUGAUGGCGAAUAGUAUCAGCAGCCAAGCUUUACAUAUUCCCAGAGAUCUUUGAAUUAGCGAAUACCUAUCAAUCGUAGUAAUAUUCUCCGUUUUUUACUUGUCAUCUGUAAAAAUGGGCUGUUUACAUUCCACGGCUGCUGCUAGAGAUUUCUCUGGACAUGAGAACCCUGUCAAGCUUGCUUCAGAGACUGCUUUUAGUGUGAGUGAAGUUGAAGCAUUGUAUGAGUUAUUCAAGAGCAUAAGCAGCUCGGUUGUUGACGAUGGCUUGAUUAACAAGGAAGAGUUUCAACUUGCUUUGUUCAAGAACAGAAAGAAGGAAAAUUUGUUUGCCAAUAGGAUAUUUGAUUUGUUUGAUGUUAAACGAAAAGGUGUUAUUGAUUUUGGAGACUUUGUGAGAUCACUCAAUGUAUUUCACCCUAAUGCUUCUCUAGAGGAGAAAACAGAUUUCACGUUUAGGCUUUACGACAUGGACUGCACGGGCUACAUUGAGCGCCAAGAGGUGAAGCAAAUGUUGAUUGCCCUUCUCUGCGAAUCUGAAAUGAAACUAGCUGAUGAUACCAUAGAAGUGAUACUCGAUCAGACAUUUGAGGACGCAGAUGUGGAUAGGGAUGGAAAAAUUGGUAAGACAGAAUGGAGCGACUUCGUAAUCAAGAACCCAUCUUUGCUUAAAAUAAUGACACUUCCAUAUCUGAGGGACAUAACGACCACGUUUCCAAGUUUUGUCUUUAACUCGGAGGUGGAUGAGAUUGCGACGUGACAAAACAAGUUGGGUCUAUAGAGACCAAAGUUUUAGGCUGGACCAAGAACAAGACCGAUUCUAAUAGUGCUACAUAUUCUCUUGAACCUUUUCGUUUCUGGUAUUCAAUUUCAGUGUCACUUACCGACAUUGAUUAAAGAUUUAAAAGUAUAUUUGAUCUUUGUAGGAAAUCUUAUGACAGUCCAAGCUAAGACAAACAUUCUGGUUGAGAGAUAAUAUUGAAAUCUUCAUGAAUAUGUUGCAACUCACAAGUUAUAUAAUAACUACGACGG